CGCCUGUGUGUUGAAGCUCACAAGUUUCGUUUCGUGGAAGGAAUAUAGACUGCUUUAAGCAACUCGCAAAGAGGACGUGAGCUGACGUGCCAAAGGCCAUAUCACAAUGGAGGAGCCUGAGGUAACGGAAGUGACGUCAGUGCCUAUUACCAUGGAGAUGAACAGGUCUGAACACGACGAGAACGCGGUCCCCAAUCCAGAAUUCCAGACGCUUAGCCAGAAAUUGAAGGCCCACUACGAGAAGGGCUAUAAGAGACCAAAGGCAGACAAACUGAGGAACCCAUUAACCCCUGAGGCUAUCAACAGCGUCCUCAGCUAAGCUCAUGCCGCUGGUCACCGACCAGGGAGCAGUCAAUGGCCAGGUUCCUGACCACGGAUCCACCAAGAAUGAGUACCCUGGACCACCUCAAGCCGUCUGCAGCAUAGAACGAGAGUCAGCGAUCGACUUGGCUAGGGAGGCCGAGAUUGCCAACUCAGAAAUGGACAAAAGGGAGAACCAGAAGUUGAGUAUUAAGGAUUUGAUUUCUGAUUCUGAGGAUGAAAAACGUCGUCUAGUCACAAACUCGCCGCCUCUCGUUUCAUCAUUAAUGUCUGCAGCACCAUCUUUGUUGUCAGGGUUAAAUGGAAGCAACAGAAAUGGCGUAGGACCAAUAGAGGAAACGAUACCAAGACAUGAGGGUGUCAACGAUUCGUUCAUAUCACCCACACCGAGUACCACACAAACGAAAGAGGGCGUGGUGACCAAAAUGUAUCCUUAUUGGUCGUGGGCACCGUGUUUUGACUGCGGCUGGACACGCCCACCUCGCUGUCACCACUGUCCAGUAUGCAAAAGCUGUGUCCUCAAGAGAGACCACCAUUGCUUUUUUGCUGGCGCGUGUGUCGGCUACAGAAAUCAUCGCUUCUUCUUCGUAUUUCUCAUCUGGGCAUGGCUUGGUGCAGUGUACGCUACAUUCCACGGAUUCCCCUACAUCAGUAUUUACCUCUGGAACGAGAUGUCCUGGGUCGACGUCGUUUUCCCAGUGUCUAUCGUCAGGUAUCUCCUCGGAUACGUCUCCUUCCAGGUCGCUCUUUCUGUCACCACUCUCUCCUCCCUCGUAUACUUCGACGCCCUCACGACUAUGUUCAUCUACGCCCAUUGCUGCCUCAUCUCAUGGGGUCUCACGACGUUUGAGAAAACUUUCGUCAGACGCUCAGUUGAGAUUAAGGACACGAGGACACUAAAUCAGAAAAUCCGUGCCGUGUUCGGACAACGCUGGAUCAUGGGAUUUUUUCUGCCCACAAACUUUUUGUACGAGCCAGAGGAGGAUCCAAUAGAGUGGCCAGACAUCCGAGUCUUUAAGCAUUGAUUAUGUUGAAAGAAAUGUUUUAUAGUAGGGGUUGAAGAUAAUUUUAAAAACUCAUUCUAUCAUAUUAAUUUUACUAAGGGUAAAAAGAACCACUUUGGGACGAUAACAGCUAUUUAGUACACAUUAUGUACAGGGGAAAUGACAAAAAAAAGACUAGAUCUAGAUCUACCAGAUGAAAGAAAAGAGGAAACACAUUUUUUUAGAGGAAUCUCCAACUAUGGUGCAGUUUUACCGUUCACUUUAAAGCUCAAAAGCAUAACGGGUUUAUAUUAUGUAAGUUUUUGUUAUGUUUUCUUGACAAUUAAUUAACGACUGACUGAACCAGGAUAUGUAUAUUAUGAUAAAAGUUAUAUCGAUGUCUGAUUGAUUUGGAUUGUCAACCCUCAGUACACGGGCGCUGGUCUUAGUAAACACCCCUCAGACCUUUGCCAUUACUUUCACGCGUGCCUCAACCACAAGUGGUCUUGUUUGAUGAAGCUUUAAUUCAUAUUUUCACAUAAUAGGGUUAUUUAAGAGGGUGCAAUAUCCGAAUUCAUUGUCCAUCUCUGAGAAAUACAAGGCCAACCGGGGAGAGGACCAUUAACUCACGAGGGCGCUCAUUCUGGUCUUUCGAAAGCUUGAAAACGUGCCACAGUGAAGUACAAAAAGAAAGUAUACUUUUCAGUUUUGUUUUCUUUUUCUGAAACUUUAAAAAGGCUGGCAACUAGAUCUACGUGCAUACUGUGAAAUGCUCGGGUUCGUGCUUGUGGAUGAAAGUUUGAAAUGAUGUUGUGCCAAAACUUUAACUUCGGACAUUAUUAUGUGUACGCUACGUCGGUAAAGAUUUGACUCCCCAAACAACAUAGUUAAAAAUGAAGUUGGCGUGGUCGCCACUACGAGGACUUGAAGUCUAAAACAUCACCAAGGCAUGGGUAGCUUUUACAAGUUAUUAAUGGUUAUUUGGACUUGGGUCUGGGAGGUCUGCAUCAAAAUUCAGCGUAAUAAUACUGACUGACAUAUUAGAAUUCCCCUCGCAGGGUAAAUAUCUUGGAAUUUUCAGUCAAGAACUUGGGUGCAGGGUCUUGGUGGCUCAAACGACCAGGGCUCGCUCGAAGGGCUAAAAUCAUACUGGCAGAGGUUGUGUUAACGAAAGCGUCAUUAACGAAGUGAGGAGAGACUGAAAAGUGUGAUAAAUAGAACAGACAAUAUUAUUAUCACGUUUCCCAGUUAUCGAGUCGCAUUUAACUCAGUGUCAUGAAUAAUGUCAAGCAGUGUCGGUGACACAGUAUCUGGUGGGUGGUAACAUGAGUGUGUUCUUUUGUAUGACAUGUCAGUCUUGGACAGAAAAACAUGGCGCUGCAGAGUGAGUACUUGUAGGCCUAAUGGUAGAUAGGUGUGGUCUGUAUUACGAUAUUAAUGAUAUUGUGUAAUGUGUGCUGCUGCUGAUUUGAUGUCUAGAUCUGUUCAUGUGUGAUUUCUACUUGCCAUUGUUACCCAAGCUUCACUCCUGGGAGCAAUAAAAGUCAUAUUAAUUUUG